UAGCGCUUGGCGCCAGCUUCGGAUUACGGCCGGCCCUGCGAUCGUGCGGCCAGUGUGCGUGCGUGGGGAGUGCGGCGCGAGAGCGUGCCGCAUCACACUGUGCUGCAGCCAUGGAGUUCAUGGUGUGCGGCAAGCAGGUGAUCAUUGUACGCGGAGAGGAGGACGUGGCCAGGGCUGUCCGCAUUCGCCGCUGGAGAGGGGCCAGUGGUGAUGGUGCUGCCGGAGCUAGAGUUUGCUGACAGCUCCCGCCUCAAGCCGCUGCUGAUGGUGACACCGAGCGAUGGCGACCAGGACGCCUUGCGCAUCUCUCUGCUCGAUGAGAUCAGAACCUACGUUAGUAGCCUGACCGGCGCCGCCGAACGGAACGAGCUGCCCGUCUGCGUGCUGCGCUCCGUGCUGAGCUUCCUGGGCGGCCCGCCGGCCGGCAAGCGCUCGUCGCGAGGCCCAGCGCUCUGCUCACCGAUGCGGGUGUGGCUGACGAUGGCACGCAUCAGUGAGCAGCGUUUCGACGUCGGCCUGGUAGGCCGCGCGCGCAAGCGCCACCACACGCACGUCGGCCAGACGACGGCGGGCUGGCACGUCAAGCGACGUCCUCGGCGGCGCCACCGCACGGCGCCAGCUGACCCCAGCCGCUGCCUGGUGCACCGGCUCGAGCUGUCGACGCUGCCAGAAGCGCACGAGCACCCGCUCGACCGGUUCAUGGCGGCGCGCACUGUGCGCUACUGCUGCCGCAAGCCCUCAUACAAAAGCGGGGCUGACUGGGUUGGCUCCAUGUGGACCAGCUGCUGGCGCGACGAGGUGGUGUACGAGACACGUAUGCGCCAGCGCCGCCUGCUGCGCGGACUGACGCCGCGGCCGCCGCAGGGCCCGGUCGAGCCCGAGCCGGAGUCCGGGCCCGAGACCGAGAAGAAGACCCCAUGCGUGCUGGUGCAGCAGGCGGCCGCCGUUGGGAAGACGGUGGCUUCUUGGAUGAGGCUGCAGGCGGCGGUGGCGCGGUAUGUGGCGCGCGGCAGCAAGCAGGAGCAGCGACGUACGUCAGCACCGGCCCGCCUGUCGUUCUGGCACCGCCUUUUCGCCCUGCUGGCGCCGAGUGCACCGGAGGGCGAGCUGCAACCGCUGGAGGUGGCUCAGGAGGCCACCGAUGCCCGCGUGAAGGCCAUACUCCUCUACCAGAAGUACAACCUGCCCAUCAUGUUCAGGAUGAUGCGCAGUGACUCUGGUUAG